AUGGCACACAUAUAUGAGAGAGUAGUUCGGCUUAUCUCCAAGGAUCCUUCAAGAAGACAUGAGCGAGAUAUUGAGUCGCUUAUUCCGUGGUUUCAGAACAUGAGCGGACUCUUCAAGACACAGAAGACAGAUGUGGUGAAGGACAUUGUGCGGAAUUGUGAAUUUAGGUCAGUACCAUCGGAUAAUGUGAUCAUCAAGCAAGGUGAUAAAGGGGAUUGUUUCUAUAUCAUUCUAAGCGGUACCGUUUCCAUCUAUAUCAACCAGACGUUAGAAGAACAAGGAAACAUUCACAAUCCAAAUGAUCUCGUCAAGGCUAAACGAAAGGCUAAGCAACGAAGUCGCUCAAACAGUAGGCCUAGGCAGAUUGGUUUACCCCUACGUGAACGGAGUAAGACUACUGUCCGAACAGAAACACCCAAUGCAGUAGCUUCACAACGACGGAGGAAGAGCUUCGCUGACCAUAGCGAUAUAGUUGAAGUAAAUGGCGAUGAUGAUUCUGAACAAUUCUUGAAAGCAAAUGCUAAUGGCAAAUUUCUCAAGUUUCCGGCAGGAUAUCGACGUUCAAGCUUAUCGCAGUUACCUCAUCCGAACCCAACAAAGGAGUCCCGCUCACACACUUGGCUUUCAACUUACACGGCGCGGGAUGCAAGCUUCUUUUAUAGUGAAGACGACCAACUUGAGUCAAGUUCAAGUGAAGAUGAAGCACAAACAACAUCAACUGGGAAACUGGACAGGACAAUGUUUGGUGUGCACAUCCGAGAACUGGGUCCCGGCAAGAGUUUCGGCGAGUUGGCGCUGGUACAGACCAACUUGGUGCGAAAUGCGUCUGUUAUAGCUGACCAGCAGACCGAUUUGAUUGUAGUCAACCGGGAUUUAUACAAUCGCUCUUUGAAGGCAGCCCAACAACAAGAGUUGGCAGCUAAAGCACACUUUGUUAAUAAUUUCCAAUUGUUCAGUCACUGGACACCAAGACAGAGAAAUGUUAUGACGAUGAGCCUGACCAGAGUGAAAUACCAGUACGGCAAUAGCAUCGUUAAGCAAGGAGAGAGAGUCCGUGGUAUUAUCUUCAUCAGGUCAGGUCGAGCUGUUGUCUCUAUAGAUCCCAUUCAACAUAUAGAGCAGUACCCUAACUUGUGUAGCAAAGCAGCCAUGAGCUUUGCCAAGGAAGUCAGACUUGGUAGAAGAAGUCGAACAGCAUGCCCAGGUUCCUCAGACUAUUGGCUUUCAGAAUUGAGAAAACCUGGUCCCCACAAGGCCCGUCGGAGGGAUGGCUAUGCAGCAGCUGAGAAGGAGGUCAAUCGCAAAUCCAUUCAGCUCUGUGCCAUUGGAUCGAAUGACUUCAUAGGUGAUGUUUCAGUCUUUCUUCACUUGCCAACCUAUGUGUCAACAGUAACCUGUCUUGAACCAGUGGAGGCACUGGAAUUGGAUCUCAACAACUUCGAGCGGCAGGUCUUCAAGAAAAUUCAUCCAACCUAUGUGGCAAUGAGAGAGAUUGCAGAGUUGAAGCUGGGAUGUCGUGUAGAUAGGCUACGUGAUGAACAGGUAUACAGCCCAGUCUUUGAGUCAAUGCUUGGUAAACUUGUUGAGUUGAAUACCCCAGCAGCCAUGAAGGCAGCAUUAAGAAGGAAGCAGACAGAGGAGGAGGAUCUUAUGGCAUCCCUCUUCACUCCAAGCUGGCACAGCUAUCGAGAAAAACAGAGGCUCUUCCUCAGGAGGCGGCAAAGAGAAAAACGCUUGCAGGAAAUAAGAAUGCAGCAAAUGGCCCAUGCAGCCAGUCUUGGCAUGAAAUUACGAAUGCAAAGCCUGAACAUUGCUUCAGAACUGCCUGAUGGGUCGGACACGUUGCAACGUCGAUCUUUCCAAGAUGCUUUACCUGCCAGCUUACGAAGAAACUCUAUCACAUCAUACUCGGCUGAUCCCAAAGCAAGACGGCUUGUUCGCCAGCCAAUGGCGAGUGACAAAUAUGACCGAUUUUACUUGAAGUCUCAGAUGGUGUCCAUCCAGCAACGGCAACCUGUAAUUUCAACUGGCAACCUGCUUUCAUCAUCAAAUGGACAGGCAGAUGAAAAACAGUGAUGCC